AAACUCCGAAUCCGGGCAUUUCCGCGGCAUUGGCGCCAGCAGACGCCACACGCCAGUCUGAGACAGAGAGUGACGGUGGAAGGUGGUAUUUAGCUGGUGCCUAUAUAACAUGGAUUUACGCUGAUCAGAACAGUGACACGGGCCACGGCUGCCUGUGUGUGUGCUGGUGGAAGCUUGGUGCCUGGCUUGGAGGGCCAGGAGCUGCUACUAAUGACGGCCAACAACACUGUAAUAUUGGGUUUGAUGAUGGGUGUUGGAGAGAGGAAUACCACCACCACCGCCAUCACCACCAUUACCACCACCACCUUCACCACUACUGCCUGUCCAUCCCUCCCUCAGCCUUAGUGGGAAUGCCUCCAUGGACCUCUCACCAGACAUCAGCCCGAGCAGUGAGCACGUCACCCGGAGUGGGAGUCAUGCCCGCAGCAGGUCUGUAUCGGACCUGUCCCGGGUGUCGCCGAUGCCCGAGACAGUGAAUGAGGCAAUUGUCAAUGGCACCUAUGACAAAAACCUCAACAAGGAGACGGCCAUCAACAGGAACAAUGCCAGUGGUCCGGUUUGCUGGGGUGAGCAGCCCCGCAAGUCUUACAGUCUGCCGCACCGCUACAAGGCACAGAUCACUGGGGCGUGCCGGGCGCUGCCGCAGGACUACUCAGCGUUCACCACGGCUGUCGUUAAGCCCUCGGAAUUCAAGCAGCAGUUCAUGUCGAUGAGGCAGUGGUUCAACCGGUUCAGCGAUGAGCAAAAGAAUAUGGUGCUGGCAGAGCUGCUGGAGCACAUUGGCCCCAUCCAGCUGCACCUGCUGUCUGUUGCCAUUGGUGGCCGGCUGCACCAUGGCUGCCGCCCUAACUGUGAGGACACCAUUGGUUGGUUUCCCCCUGUCCUGGGUCUCACCAUAUUUUCCUACCUCGACCCUGUCUCCCUGGCCCGGGCCUCUCAGGUGUGCAGGAAGUGGCACAGUCUGGCAUCCCAUGACUGCUUAUGGCGGCAUCUUUCCCAGCAGAGGAAAUGGCAGCUUUCCCCCUCGUCCAACCAGAAGCAACUGUCCCAGUGCACACACCAGGAUGGUUCUGUGGACUGGAAGCAGGUGUUUGUAGAGCGUUACCGUCUGCACCGGAACUGGCUGGGUGCCCACUGCCAUGUGAGGACCUUUGAGGGACACACUGAAGGCGUCUCCUGUGUGCAGUUUGACGACCACCGCAUUGUGUCCGGCUCCCAUGACAACACUAUAAAGGUGUGGAACAUGAGGACGAACUCAAAGUGGUCGGUGCAGACACUUGUAGGCCACUCAAAUAUGGUGCGCUGCCUUCACCUCUCUGGGAACAGGCUGGUCAGUGGCUCAGCGGAUGCCACUAUUAAGGUGUGGGACGUGGAGGAGACAAGCCAGUGGUCGUCAAUCAACUGUAAGGUCACUAUGAUUGGGCAUUCAUCCACUGUACGGUGUCUGCAGGUGGUAGGGGAGCGAGUGGUGAGUGGCAGCUAUGACCACCUAGUGAAGGUCUGGGCACUGUCCUCGGGGGAGUGUCUGCGUACAUUGGCUGGCCACCAGGAGCCUGUGUUGACCGUGGCCUUCGAUGAUGACAAGAUUAUCUCUGGGGCGGCUGAUAAGACCAUUAAGGUGUGGCAAUUAGAGUCAGGUCGGUGCCAGAAGACGCUGGUUGGACAUGAGGAUGGGGUGACCACUCUUACCUUUGACCAGACCACCAUCAUCUCUGGCUCCCUUGACUGCACCAUACGACUGUGGAGCCUUGCCACGGGCCAGUGUGUGGGUGUGCUGGAUUGGAUGUCCAGUGAGGGCCACACAGGUGUGAUUCGGUGCCUGGCUGCAGACUCCCGACGCAUUGUGAGUGCUUCCGAUGACAAGACCAUAAAGGUGUGGGACAGAGACACCUGCCGCCGCUUGGUGACUCUGAGGAACCACACUGAUGGAGUCACCUGCCUUGCCUUCAACGACCAUGUCAUAGUGAGUGGCUCCUAUGACAAGACUGUUAAGCUGUGGGACUUCAGUGUCUGCUAGUCUCCCACCUCCUCUCGCCUCCCUUCUGUUACCUCCUAUGGGUGUUCUCCCUCCCUAGCCUGCCUGAGGGAAGGUUAUCAUGGCCUGCAGUGAUGUAGGUACACUCAACCUUUCUCUAGGAAGGUCUCCAGAUUUCUGUGUUAUGUUAUAAGGGACAAAUGCAUAUCCAGUUCCCAGAUGCACUUGCUCUCUUUUGUUUCUGCAGUGAAGGGUGUUGUUGUUGCCAAGAGAAGAGAGUGAAAAGGAGAGAGAGAAAAAAAUAAGGUGAUAAUAAUAAUGAAAAAAAUCAACAAAGAAGAGAAAAAGAGAAAGAAAGUGGUGAUAAUAGUGAAAGUGAUGAUAAUAAUGUAGAGAAUGAAUGUACAGAAUGAAAGAGAGAGAGAGUGAAAGAGAGAACUCCGGAGAUUGGGAGUAAGAGGAGUGAGAAUGCUAGUCUCUCAAGCAUCACUGCAUGCUUCCCAGGCUCCAUCACAUGCAAGCAGGGUGUCAUUGUUUACAUUAUUACUUCAAGGUGAAAUAGACCAAAACAGCGAUGAAGAUAAUGACAACUCCCAGAACAAUCCAACUCCAUCCACACCAGUGCAGUCGUUUCAGUUUGUGGAGCCUGGGAGUGACGGAGGCUUGGGGAACAGGUUGACAGUUUCCUUGUUGUUUUGAAGGCAGUGAUGUGAAUGUUGGACUCUCCAUCACUCCCCAUGUACUGUAGUACAACUCAGAGGAGAAAGAUUCCAUGCUGAAGUCCAGGGUUGUGGCUGAGCAGUUUUUCAUUGGAGUCUUGGGCAGCCUCAUGCAUUAGAUUGAUGUCACUCUGCACACUUUCCUCUCCCAAAGAUUAUGGAGGUUCUUUCUUCUUUGAAAGCUCUGUAUAUGUCUUUCAGGACAUACUUCUUUGAGGCAGACUGGCAAGGCUGCACCACUGAAUACCUGCUUUCACUCUUGCCACAGUCAUCCUUGGUAUGUCUAAUUUUUGGAGAGCCACCUCACCAGCACACUUUAAUGACACAAGCCCUUAAGCCUCUUGGCAUGUGGGGAGUCCCUAGGUUGGAAUCCAUCAAGGCCAACUAAAGUUAUAUUGUCAUGGGGCAAGAAGUAUCCUUCAGCAAGGUCUGGAGACAAACCAUCUGGGUAAACAUUGGUCUUUUGGGGAAGUGAAGUAGAGGGUUUUGAGAAGUGACUAGCUGUAUUAAAGGAGUCUGCACCUGACUCUGGCAUUGUCGUGGAGAAAGAGGAGAGACUCAAUGAGUAGUAUUUUUCUUGGAUAUCACAAACUUCACAAGAAUUUUCCACAACUGGAACUUGUGAGUUUACAUUCAGCAACCUUGGGUCGCCAAAAUUGUCCCAUACUAGUCGGUCAUCAGUGGUAGAAGAAACACAAUUCUCUUGGGACACAGUUACCUGCACACUGUCUCUAGCUUUGCCUUCUUGUUUAAAGUUGCGAGUGUGUUUGGUGUUUGUUGUAACCUGAGGAUGUUUCCUUGGGUGCAUCCUGUGGACAGUUUGCUGAAGGAUUGCCUUGAUCAACACCCACACUGCAUCUUUGUGUUCCCUCAGUAGCUCAAAGUAGCGUGAAAGUUUUGAUUUUAUACUUACAGUGUGCUUGAAAAUGUUUGUUAAAAGUAAGGAGGAUAUAGUGAGAAAGUACUUACAGUGUUCAUUGUAUUCUUCAAAUAUCUUUCAUAUGUAGGAUCUCACUGUCUUCCUCUGAGAAUAUUGACAUUUCCACUUAAAGAAAUAGAAAUGAUGAGGAUGUUUUGUACUGAAAGCUUCUGGGUUUCUUGAAUUUUUUGACAAUAAUUACGUUUCUUGGUGUAAGGAUGAUAGAAGAGUAUCAUCUCAAUUAAUGCAAAAGACAAAUUCAGUAUACUAAAUGCUCCCAUUAUAGAGGUGUAGUCAAUUCAUAGUGUUGUAAAUAGCACCACUGGAACUAUUACUGUUUUUAUCUUAACUUAAUGACAGUGGUACAAAGACUUACUUUCACCCACACUGAAAUACUUAUGGGCAUUGGUCAGUGAGACCUCUGACACACAGAAUACUGUGAAUGAAGACAUGGCAGACAUUCAUGAGUCUGUUUGCCUUCCAUUGGGGACUGACUGUGUUAUGGGAACCUGGAUAUGCACCAUAGAUUACUCCAAUUUAUACUGGGAAACAAACCGCAACCUUACAGGCUCGGCAAGACUUACAAACUUUAUACUCUUUAUCACAACAUUCUCACAAGCACAGGAACUGGUUGUACAUAACAUAAACACUGGACAAUAAGGAGUAGAAAUUACUUUUAAUUUUGUGCAGAAUGAUUUGGGGUAAUGACUCACUUUUGUGAUAACGCUGUCAGCACACUGUAGCCUGACUUGUUAAUUCUGGGGACGUUUAUCAGUGUUUCAGCAAGUGUACUUUGCAUGGUUGCUGUCACCUGGGUAUUGUAUGUUAUGUGGGGAGUAUGUCCGUGUGUCUGUUGCACCUUGUUUCUAUCACCUGUCACAGCUCUCGGAAAUGUAUCCCAGGCAGUUGUUUGGUGUUUGAUAUCUGCUUGAUCCUGCUGUGUAUUUGACACCAGCAACUCUGAUGUGGAGGCUGUGUGUGUGUGUGUGUGUGUGUGUGUGUGUGUGUGUGUGUGUGUGUGUGUGUGUGUGUGUGUGUGUGUGUGUGUGUGUGUGUGUGUGUGUGUGUGUGUGUGUGUGUGUGUGUGUGGUUACAGGACAGAGACGGAAAGAGGGAAUUUCUUUGAGUAUUAUAAUUUGCUGCCAUUCAAAAUAGAUGCUAAGACAUACAUAUUUACUUCCUUUUUGUGUCAUCUGAAUAUGUGUUAUUAGCAAAGAUGAACUUGCAGUUAGGUUUGAAAUUGGGCAUUCUUCGUCUUUAUUUUGAUGUGUAUCGCUGGUGUGGAGCGUCAGGAGUGAUGGAGGAAGGGCACCAAGACUAGUGUUUCAUCCCACAACUUGGUGAAGGAGUGUGCAGUUCAAAACAAAGUGAAAAUAUCUUGCAGUGAAUUCAGAAAUAAAAUUCGAGCGAAGGAUGAGAAUUUUUUACUUUUUCUAUGCAUGAAGGCAUUGUGCAGCUAAUGUAAAUACUAGAUGGUGUCGUGUGUCUGGAAAAACAGUGCAAGUGGAAGGUGAAGUGUAGCCACUGCAAGGCAACACAAGCCUGGACAUGAUGAGUGGUGAGUGGUUUAGUGCACAGAAUCAUGGACUAAAUCAAGCUCAGUAUUGCACAACGUUUGCCGUCACCUGUUCGUCUCGUAUUAUGUGUACGGGGGAGUUGCUUUGUGUUCGUGGCAACUAAGGAGGUUUUAGGAAGUAUUACAUAUAUAUAUUUUUUUAGUCUGUUAAAUAAGUGGUGCAGGAUUAUAUUUACAUUACAUUUGGGAAAGUUGUUCAAAUAUACUUGCCUUGUGUGUCACCUUUCAUGUUAAGACGAUGAGUAAAGCACAGUUGUUCUUUGGUCACAGUCUUGCUGCGGUGAACAGUUUGGUCUGUCAUGUUGUUAAGAUGUUCACGCUAAUAUUUCAGUAUUUUGAGGAUGACUAAAGACAAACAGCUGUGCCACUCAGAGACAGUGUUUGGGGAAGUCUCUGUCAAGUGUCCUGUGUAGAUGAUUUGUAUUUAUUCCUCCAUCCCUACUGUCUGAACUUCCUCUAUAUAUUUUUUUUGUAUCCCUUUACCUUACCAUUUUUAUAACCUUUUGCUCCAUUCCAUUUGUACAACCUUUCUAUACCCUAUAACCUCUUAGACAAUUUCUACAACCUUUUUCUCAAUUUCAUAACUUGACUAUUUUUACAACUUUCUCUAUCCCAUAACCUCUGAGACCAUUACUACAACCCCUUUUUCUAUCCCAUAACUUUACUUUAUCUCAGAUGUUUAUGGACUACAGGUUGUUAUGACAUUGUACAUUCAAUUUGCACAAUUGUGGGAAGGCCUGGAGCAUUUCUACAUGUCAUGUGCACAAGAUGAUUAUUUCAAGGGGAAUAGUGGCCAAAUAUAAAUCAGGUCUGGUUUUUCAAGGUACAGUGCAGGUUACAUUGCACCUUGACUAUUAAUGAGGUAUUGCAGUAAAACCAGGACCUGAAAUUGGAGUUAGAGGUUUAGGAAUAGAUUGAAAGGUACCUGUGGUGAGAGUAAUGAAAGUUAGAUACUAAGGUUUUCAUGUCCAGCUAGGGUGAAGGAAUAGUUUAGGAGUAAGUAAUGGUGGUAGAUUUUGCCACAUGGGGAUAGGGAGAAAGUGAAGUGACUAUGUGAAUGUACAAGUAAAAUGAGUGAAUAUGAGAGACCAGCAAUAAUGAUGGAUGGGAGGACACUGAAGCUUCUGUUGUCACUAGUGGGCAUUUCAAGAAGGAUGUGUGGGAAGUGGUCAGUUUUGUGUUGGUUUGUGUGUUGCUAAGUAAAACAGUAAAACCUCAUUUCAACAGAUAUGUGGACCAGGAAUGAAGACUUGAGACGAGCUUAAUAGUGUGACUGAAGUGCUUGAUGAGGUGUCUGUCUGUGUGUGUGUGUUCAUUUUUUAUGAUUUACAUUUGCCUAGAGAAGUGUUACUGCCUUGGUGUACAUCUUGGAAAACAUUCUUGGUGAUGCAUUGUCUCAGAAGUGGUGGUGUAUUCUCAUCUAUGGUGCAGUUGCUCAGACAAGGAGUGUUGCUUUCUUCCAAUGUUGUGCCUUUCUGCUCGAUUGAUCUGUUCAGAGGAGGUUUUACUGUGUGUGUGUGUGUGUGUGUGUGUGUGUGUGUGUGUGUGUGUGUGUGUGUGUGUGUGUGUGUGUGUGUGGAGGUAUAUUAGUGUACGUGUAUGUGUUUCUUGAUCUCUUGCUAGGUUGUGUGUGUGUGCAAAGAGGUGCAUCAUGUAUGAGUUGUAUAGGACACUGAAAGCCCAGCGUCUCACACCAGGAAGUCAAGACGUAUUGUUACAUUUUAUUGCACUCUCAUAUACUUCCCCCGACAAAAAUAUCCAUACUUUUCUUUACCAUUUCUUUAGACACUUUUGUACUAUAGUCUCUUCAUUCUGCACCUUAGAAAAGACAAAAAAUCUAUACCCUGGUGGUAGGUGAAGAGAACCAUUUACCUAUAACUUGUCAUAACAUCACUCAUUCUCUCUUAUUCUCCAUGUGGCCAAGCAAGCAAGUUUACAGUGUUGUGAGUGUUAGAAGCAGUGAAGAUCAGACUUGGUUCAUAGUCUAGGAAGUGUGUCCAGGCAUGAAGUAAGGGAUAAUGCAUGUAGCGGAGAUUCUGAAGAGUAUGGGAAAGAGAUAUAUUGACAGUCUUGAGAUCUCUUCCUGGUGUGUUUUUAUAGUUGGAGGAGCAAAGGAUCACAUGUCUUGUUUUGCCCAAUGUGCUAGUGACCUCAUUACCAGAUCUCAUGUGUUCAUUGAUUACAUUUUGCUAUUGUUUCCUCAGUGCAAGAAAUUUGAAUAUGUGAAUCCCUGAAUGUAGCGAGAUUUGAAUUUAGCACUCUUUGUUUCUAGCACCAAGUGAAUGAAUUGAUUAGUGUUCCAGGUUCUGAUUCGCUGGGUGCCCAGUGUGAAGUAAUAAGACAUGCACCAAUUGUUUUGCGCAAUGUUAAGUUACUCGUACAAAUAUCUCUGUAGUUGAGUUUCCCAUAUUUUGUAUAUUUUUAAUGUCCUGAUAUAGUUGCAGUGGAAGGGUAACUAAUGUGUACUCCAGUGUGUUUUAGGUUUUACCUGUAGUCUUAAGAUACUCUGGUGUGAAAAUGUAUCAGUUAUCAUGUUUUAUAAGGAGAAUGUAUGCUAAGAGGGCUUGAGACUUGGAAAAGUCUAAAAAAGUUAAAGCAAGGAGAGAAAAUUUACUAAUAAUCUUGACUAUUAAUUAACAUUUACUAAAAUAUGGUUGCCAGUGUUAAGGUAGUACAAGUUUUAACUGUAACAUUAUAUUUUGCCUAUGCUAAUGAGCUACUAAUACAUUUUAAUUCACCGCGUCGUUACCGUUGGUUUCCGGCUUUUGAGACAACUAACUCUGUCCUGAAGACUCGUAGUUACGUUAGCAGUGUUCACGUUACAUGGAGUACAGUAUAUCCAACCAGUCCCUCCUGAUGUAUAUGUCACUUGAGUGCUGACGAGUUUGCCAAUAGUUAUGUUUCUUCAUGUGAUAUUUAACUCAUUGAUAUUAUAGAUUAAGAUGUUUUAGUGCUUUUAUGAUUGGUGGUUUAGUAAUGUUCACUCUUUUCACUAUAAUAUAUUUACUUAGUCUUGAAUCCUCUAAUCUGCUAAGGAUGAUUAAAUUGGUUGCUUUCCUUUCUUAACUUCUCUAAGGGUAAAUCCAUUUUUGAGAUUGUAAGCAGAUUAAAGGAUGUAAGAUUAGGAAUGCUGCAGUGGAAUUGAGUUAUAUUACUUCCCUAGCAUUCAUAACUGUACCUUUUUGAAUAUUGUCAUCUUCAUAAACAAACUACCUGUUGUUUUCAUACUUUUGUGAAAUUGAAACUUAAAAGAGAGAAAAACAGGAAAGAUGAGGUCAAUUUUAAACCACUUGUACCCUGGAAAAGUUAAAAAGUUUAGACAAAUUUAAAUAUUACCAGAAAUAUUUGUACGCUAGACAAAUAUCAGAUCAUUCACAACUUGAACAAGAUCAAAUCAAACAUACCAACUUGUCUGGAUAGUGACGAAGAACUGACCAGAAUAAAAAUGUUGAAAAAUAGCCAAAAAUGGAGAGUUAGGGAAUCGGAAGUUUGUGUGUGAGGAUGACGAUACAUUAACUUCUCAAGACUUCUCUCCACAAGCCGACAAGAAAAAAGGAAGGAAGAUCAAAACGCGACUAUGCAACCAACUUUUGUAUCGACUUGGGACAUCAUACAUACAUGCAAGAAUCCUGAUACUAAUGUCUGUUGUGUAUGUGAAGUAUUUGUUCGACGUCUGUUUCCAUUAAGGAGUGACUGUAUUUAUAUGUGUGGAGUAUUAACGCUUCUAUUUAUCGGCACUGAAAGGUUUUUUAUCUGUGUGUCUGUACGUGUGAGUGUCUGCGUCAGUGGAAGAAUAUAACUUGCUUGCUCAAAUAUAUGGAAUUGUUUUUUUGUGACAGGCUGAGAUUAUGAUAUUAGGUAAGUGUUGCUUAGUCCGGUGAAUUUAUAUACAUUCCAAGUUAAAUCUGUGGUCUGUGAUGCCACUUGUAAUAAAUUUUGUCUAAUCUGCUUGCUAAUGUUGAAACGAUAUGGAGUUUUAGACGUUACAAAUAGAGUAUUUAAUUUCUGUGGUGCAAGUUGAUGUGGGGGUUUAUAUCAUGGGAAACAUAAUAUAGUAGGUGUAAUGGUUGGAGUGUAAGUGUGGGUAUUAAGUGUUUAUCAGUGUGGGGGGGGUGAUAUGUUUGCAAUGGUCUAUAAUGCUUUGAAGUCUGCUUAGCCACUAGGCCUUGUGAGUUGAGGGGUCUAGGUGACAGCCCACAGACAGUAUUGCAAUGAAACAAAAGAACAAGCAUCAUUCCAUUUGAGUAUUGACGCUGAGCCAAAAACCAAGAUGCUCUUUUAUUAAUUGGCUUGUGUGUUGCCGUGAGGAAGUGAAAUCGGGUUUCUUAGUGUGCUACGUUUGUUUCCAGAUACUGUACUGCUCUGGGUCGUCAGCCGCUGUGCUUGAAUACCGCAAGCCUUACUGAAUGUAUCUAUGCAAUUUGAAUUUACAAGUGAUAAAUGAAUGUGAAGAACUUCUUAGUGCAAGUAUGUGUGUGUUUCAAGUAUGUAUGUUUGUGUGUGUGUUGGGUGUUUUCUCACCUGAUACUUGCCGGGCACUUACUGGUUGUCACUCUGCUGCUAGGAAGGUGCCUUUAGGGGCUGGCUUAAACUCAUCACCAGGUUGCUUGUUUUGAAGUAGCCCUGUUUGUGUUCUAGGGCUUUAAGCUGCCCUUUUGUUGCUGUUAUGUGUGAACGAGUCGAGGCAAUAUACCUUUGUGUUCAAGGUUCUUUGGUUCUUUCUAUGAGUGAAUGACUUGAGAAAUAGGCCUUUGUUAUCUUGGCUCUUAGAUCUAUUGUUCGUGUAUGAAUGAGUCAAGGAAUUAGAUUUUUUAGCGUUCAAGAUUCUUUAGUUUUCUCUGACGGAUUGAGUCAAGAUAAAAUUUUUCUUGUUCAUCAGUAAUUUCCAGAAGCAAAUGAGUGAAAGAAAUAGCCUUUUUGUAUUCCAGAUCUCUUUAAUCUUGUUUUUUGAGGAGUGAAUGAGUCAAGAUCCUGUUCUUCCCUUGGCUCAUGGUGGUUUGUGAGUGAAUGAAUCAAGGAAUCAGUUUUUGUGUGUGCAAGUUUUUUUUUUUUAUUCUGUUUCUUGAUUGAGUCAAGAUUCCAUUUCCCUUCAGUUCUUUUGUGUUCAAGGUAUUGUAUGAAUGAGAGUCAAUAUACUGUUGCCCUUCUGUCCUUUUUUGUCUUUUUUGUACGAAUGAAAGUCACAAUCCCAUUAUUUCCCUUCAUUCAUUGGUAACCUCCAGGGUGGCACCAGAGCCCGUCAGCUGGCCGUACUGACGACAAUGUUAGUGUUGGCGCUUGUUGCUGCCACUCCAAUGUUAGACUAUUUGUAGCUGGUGCUAGAAGAGGAGAAGGUUAGCUGUCCAGUAGAUGUAAUACCUUUUUUUUCCUUUUUUGUUCCAUUAAAACAAUAAAUACUCGUAGUGUA